UUACUCAAACGUGACGUGAUUUACAGAUCCACAAAUCUCAUUAUAGAACGCACAGCUGCGGUGGGAAGUUUGUGGCCAGGUGUCUCUGCGCUCCACGAAACUGAACCGGCCUGACAGAAGAAGAUGAGCUUCUUAUUCGGGAAUCGCUCAUCUAAGACGUUUAAGCCGAAGAAGAGUAUUCCAGAAGGUUCUCAUCAGUAUGAGCUGCUUAAACACGCCGAAGCCACGCUGGGCAGCGGGAACCUGCGGAUGGCCGUCAUGCUUCCUGACGGAGAAGAUCUGAAUGAAUGGGUGGCCGUCAACAGUAAGAGUGACAUUGUAUUUAUGAAUUAUCCUCACAACUUCCUAUAAAAUUAAAAUGACUAUUAUUAUAAAACAAACGAUUUAAGACUUUUUGUCUGUAUAUUUAGAAAUGUGGACUUCUUUAACCAGAUUAACAUGCUGUAUGGCACGGUCACAGAUUUCUGCUCAGAGGAAAGCUGUCCGCUGAUGUCUGCAGGACCGAAAUAUGAGUAUCAUUGGGCAGAUGGGACCAACAUUAAGAAGCCUAUUAAGUGUUCAGCUCCCAAAUAUAUUGAUUAUCUGAUGACGUGGGUUCAAGACCAGCUGGAUGACGAGACCCUGUUUCCUUCUAAAAUAGGUGUCCCCUUCCCCAAGAACUUCAUGUCUGUGGCCAAAACCAUCCUGAAGCGUUUGUUCAGAGUUUAUGCUCAUAUAUAUCAUCAACACUUUGACGCGGUCAUGCAGCUUCAGGAGGAAGCUCACCUCAACACGUCUUUCAAACACUUCAUCAUCUUUGUACAGGAGUUUAACUUGAUCGACCGUAAGGAGCUGGCUCCUCUUCAAGAGCUCAUUGAGAAACUCACUACAAAAGACAGAUAAACUGAGAAAAACAGUGAUCCUGCUCUCUCUUCUGACUCUCCCGUCUGUCUUUAGCUUUGUGCAGAUGAUUUGAUCCCCACAGCACUGCUAGGCGAAGUGAAGGAACAUUAAAAUACUAAUAUUUCUAAACUAAUCAAACCCGGCAUUUUUUCUGGCAUUUAAUGACAACAUGAUGCCUGGAUCUGAAGUCCUUCACAUUAGUUUGGUCACUGUAAGAGAGGGAUGUUUAAUGAAUGAGAACUGAACUGCAGACUGCAGUGAUUCGGUUUGGUGUCUGUGUUGAAGCAGAGAAUAUGUGAUUGGCUUUCUUUGACUUGUGUGAAUUGAGCGUAUGAUUCUUCAUUGCUGUAAUGCUGACAGUAAAAACAUGGAGUUAAGGGACUAAACUUCCUAUGCAAUAAUGAUCUUACUUGUCCUCACUGAUGUUAAUAGGCAAAAUUGUUUGAAGUUCAUAUCAGAGCUUGUUUUUUCCUUAUAUAUUUCGCUUUUAAUAUGUCACUAUUAAGGUUUCGUAUACAAAAAAAUGAAGUGUGCUUGCUGGAAUUGCUACUUUGUUGGCCCACAUUGCUGAUGAGAAGCAUUAACCUUGACUUGGCUGUGCGUCAAAGAGACUAAAAGAAAAGCUCAGAGUCUGAUUAGCCAAAGCUGUUUUAAGUUUUUUAUUUUUUCUUAAAGCAUUGAAUUAAUGCAACUGGGUUGCCAAAUGUUUCUUAAAUAUUUAACCUGUUUACUUAUUUAAGCAUUUCAGUGGUACCCAUUUGAAAUAUACCUGUUCAUAUAUGGGCAGUACAGUACUGAAUAUUCAGUAUGUUGAUGAAUUCAGCUUUAUAUUCCUUUUUUUUCAUGAAGGUAUAGUUUUACUGCUAAUGGUUUGGAGUAUGCCAUUGCGUAAAAGUGAAUAUCAGACAGACAUGAAGUAUUUAUAGAGCAUUUUUGUCACUGAAAUGAAUAUAUUUUCCUGAACUGUAAAAUAAUUAGGGCAGAUUAGAUAUUUAAAUACAUGUAUACGAUUUCCUGAUACUGUUAAAUUUUACAUUACUAAAACAAUAUCACUAACUGAUGUUGUUUUUGCUGUACAUAGAGCAAAUAAAACCUUUUAAAUAAAACAUUUUAUUUGUGAUUUUCUUGUAAUGCUUGUGCAUGUUUUAUA